AUGUUUGAAGGACUAUUGAAGCCCAAAAACUAUACAAAAUGCAAAACAAGCUUAAAAUUAAUCAAAACAAGGCUAGAUACAAUACGAAAGAAGCGAAACGCGGUUCAGAAAUUUCUCAAGAAAGAUCUCGCUGAUCUUCUCAGAAAUUCUCUUGAUUACAAUGCAUAUGGAAGGGCUGAAGGGCUUUUGGUGGAGCAAAACAUGUCAGCUUGCUAUGAACUCAUAGCGAAAUUCGUUGGAUGUGUAUCGGGUCAUGUUCGCAACAUUUGUAAACUCGAGGAUUGCCCGGACGAAUGCAAGGAAGCUAUACCAUCAUUGAUAUAUGCUGCUGCGAGGUUUUCUGAUCUUCCAGAAUUGCGCGAGUUGAGAACUUUUUUUACAGAAAAAUAUCGGAAUUCUCUUGAGCCUUAUGUAGAUAAAGAGUUUAUGGAGAGAUUGAAGCAAAAUCCUCCUUCACAAGAAAUGAAGAUCCAACUAUUGCAUGAAUUAGCACAAGAAUUGUGUAUAGAUUGGGACAUGAAGGCUUUGGAGCAAAGACUUUAUUCACCUCCAAUUUCGCGACAGGAGAAGGAAAAGGCUAAAGAUGAUUAUGAUAAUGAUAAGAUGAACCCGAAAAUAGAUGAUGUAUGGUGGAGUGUGCAAAGAAGCAGUGAGAGUGAAACAACUAUGACUGAUAGUUCAUCAUCACAGGAUGAGCAAAAGGCUUGUUCAAGUUCAUUAGAAAAUGCAUCCGACAAGGAAGAGAAAGCAGCAGAGAUUAAGAAACCGUUUAGGUCGAAGUUCGCUCCACCUCCUCCUUAUAUCAGAGAGUAUAAAUUCGAAAGCGAUUUGAAGAAAACAUCGGAAUCUGCGACUGCAGAAAAACCAAAAGCAAGAUCAGUGAGAAGAAGGCCUCUUAAACCACCGCCGAAUGAAAACACAGUUAAAGAUUUUUCGAAAACAGGUGGUGGAUUUGAAGAAAAGAUGGUAGAUGAACUUCUAAUGCACUAUAGUGAGAAACAAGGUCCUUAUGAAUAUGGUAAGGUGCAAAAUAAAAGGCCUGUAAAAUGGAUAUCUCAAAAAGAAAUAACUAUGGUUGAAACAUUACAAGGACGUGGAAGAUCUGCUUCCUUAGUACCUGAGAUGUUGAGAACAACAACAACAACAACAAAACAUGUGCAUCCUAGUUUACCUGAAUAUGAAGAUUUGUCAGCACGUUUAGCAGCUCUCAGAAGAACAUAA